CUUGGAGUUGAAAAAUGCUGCAGAUAACAUUCUCUUUGUUUAACCUAGCCCAAGGCCAGUGGAAGAAUGCGGUGGUCAGCUCUGUCCGGGCGUCAAAAUAAGACUCAGUGUCAUGUUCCUGCUCUGAUAUCCGUGCCAAACCAGGAAACCUUACCCAGAAACGCUGGAGAAGCCAAGAUUUCAAAACACUGUUUUCUCUGGCUGAAUGCUGAAGACCUCUUCGUCUUCACAGCCACACCUCAGCAUGUCUUCAGGGACUCCCCUCCUCUCAUGAUGCCUGUCUUCAGCCCGCCUUCGCCUUUCCUCUCCGUGCUGCUGUGCGUCUGUGUUAUCCUGCAGCGAUCCCACCUCCAUCUGGUUUACGUCACCCACAGCAGCUUCUUCCUCUACUCCUGCAGCCAGGACCCUCCUCCCUGCAGCACCUCCUCGCUGACAGACUGCUGGUGCAAAGAAGUCCAGCUCUUCUCUCUGCACCGCCCCCCAUAUCCCGCUCUGGAUCUGCAGAUGAGACAUUUAACCGUCUGGUUCACGUCGCCAUCCAACGCUGCACGGCUGCUCAACAACUCCAAGGUGAAGCACCUGACGCUGAUCCACUGUGGAGCUGAGGGAUCCAAAGGAACCACUCUGCUGUCUGUGGAGGCGCAUUUUGUCGUGCAACACCUGGAGAGGCUGACCGUGGUGAACCCCUCGGAGAGACCGUUCGGUGUUACGAACAGAGCCAAGAGCACAAACUCCGACCCAGAGAGGGCGUACGGGUUAGACAAAAACCGAUUCCACCUGGACACCAACAUGGAUCUGAUUGAGGACACGAUGGCAGAUUCUUUAGCGGCGUCUUCCGUUCAGAUCCAAGACAUCUUUCUGGGGAGGGAGCUCGGAGCGGCCCAUCACGAACAGGCCCGUCUGGGAAUCAUUAACAGCUCCGUGCUGGACUGGGGGGCGAUGGCCAAAGCCUAUACGGUGAAAACACAGAUAGACAGCGACGGCGCUCUGCCCUUCCCUGACUUACACCUGCCAAAGCUACCAGAGACAUCCGAGAUAUACGUCAGCUUCGUCUACAGUUAAAAAAGGAGAUUUAUGGCAAAAUCUUCAAUUUCAAUCAAUCAGCAAAAGAAAACAUAUUUUAAUUUUUCAAAAAUAGGACCUAAAACUUUUUCACUUACAAAUAUUCUCAUAAGUGAGGAUCACAAACUCAAAACAUACAAACUACAAGAAGGAACUAAUAAUUGAAAGAGAUAUUUUAUAGUUUAAAACAUUUUUUACUUCAUUGCAAUUUAUCGUAUUUUCCGUAGUAUAAGUCGCUUAUUUUUUCAAAGCUUAGCCAGGGUUACGACUUAUUUGUGUUUCUUUAGACAUAAAUAGGUUCAUAUAUUUGUUAUUUUUCCACCGGUUGUCUUUUAGUGGUUGUUUCCUCUAACAAC